AUGGCCAGUGGUGUACUGCAAAUCGUUGGACUGGUAGUUGGAGGCAUUGGCUUAGCUGGGACUUUUGCAGUCACUGGCAUGCCUCAGUGGAGAGUAACUGCCUUCAUUGAAAACAACAUUAUAGUAUUUGAGACCAUUUGGGAAGGACUAUGGAUGCACUGCAUCAGCCAAGCAAACAUCAGGAUGCAGUGCAAAGUCUACGACUCCCUAUUGGCACUCUCACCUGAUCUACAGGCAUCCAGAGGACUGAUGUGCUCUGCUUCAGCACUCUCAUGUCUUGCUUUUAUGGUAGCCGUUAUGGGCAUGAAGUGCACUCAGUGCACUGGGAACAACAAGCAAAUCAAGGGUCACAUUCUGCUGGCAGCUGGAAUUCUCUUCAUCCUAUCUGGUAUCGUUGUGUUCAUCCCAGUGUGUUGGGUUGCCAAUAUCAUCAUCAGAGACUUCUACAAUCCAGUUGUCAAUGUAGCGCAAAAACGAGAACUUGGGGAAGCCCUCUACAUAGGCUGGGUAUCCGCAUUCUGUCUCAUCGCUAGGGGAGCAAUAUUCUGUUGUUUCUGCCGUUGUAAUGAGAAAACCAGAAACUACAGGUUCUCAGCGCCUUCACAUCAUACAUCUUACAAAACUCAUCAUAUGCAAAGGAAAACUGAAAGCUCGUAUUCCAAAAGUCAGUAUGUCUAG